AUGGCCAAGACUAUGCAGGUUGCCAUUGUUGCCCUUGCCUUUGCUCUGGCGGUGGCAGUGACGGCCGACCCGCAGCCGCCGACCCUCCCCAACCUCUGGACCUCCCACAUCAACAUGUUUGUGGCGCCGGCGACGUACUUUACGGGAGCCAUGUAUGUCGACUACACCACGGGCAUGCAGCGGACGGACAUUGUCAUGCCGCCGAUGGUCUUGUCUGUUUUUGAGAACUUUGACUCGUCGGGCAAGUUCUCUUCGCCGCAGACCACCCUCGCCUAUCUCCCCGCGACGCAGAACAAGCAGGUCUGCUCCAAGCAGGCGACCUCGGGCUCGGUCAUCGGCCAGGAUGCGCUGGCCAAGGCGGAGUUUGUGGGCGUCGGCAACUGGUACGGCACCAACGCGUACAUCUGGUCCGCCCAUGGCGAGGGUCAGGUCUACUCGGCAUACACUGCCAUCGACUCGGGCGCCCUGGUUGCCCUUGAGACGUACAACGCGACGACCAACUCGCUUGACGUCGUCAUCUCCUUCUCGGGCUUCACCGACUCGAUCGCCAGCGGUGUGUUCACCAUCCCGGACAUGCCGUGUCCGUCCAACGGCAUUGCUGCUGCCUCGCAUGGCAAGAACGCCAACAUGGAGCUCCUGCGCAAGACGCUCAACCUCGCCUAG